CCCGCGCCCAGUGCGCCUGCGAACUCCCGGAGCGGAGUCCCGCGCGCCGCCGCGUCUGCACCGGGCGCGCUCUGCUCUCUGCCCCGACCCCGCGUCCUGCUGCCCGCAACCCUUCCCCACUUUUCCCCCCUUUUGCAAUCACAUGGCGUUUUAAGAAUGCCGGAAAGAUGGCGGUAGCGGCGGCGGCGGCGGCGGCGGCUGGGCCGGCAGGCGGGGGAAGCGGCCGGGCGCAGCGGAGCGGGCUGCUGGAAGUUUUGGUGCGGGAUCGCUGGCACAAAGUUCUGGUGAACUUGAGCGAAGACGCCCUGGUUCUGAGCUGCGAGGAGGGCGCUGCGGCGUACAACGGCAUCGGGGCCGCCACCAAUGGCUCGUUCUGCAGGGGUGCCGGCGCCGGGCACCCGGGCGCGGGCGGCGCGCAGCCCCCGGACUCGCCCGCCGGGGUCCGCACGGCCUUCACCGACCUCCCCGAGCAGGUGCCCGAGUCCAUCUCGAACCAGAAGCGCGGCGUGAAGGUGCUGAAGCAGGAGUUGGGCGGGCUGGGCAUCAGCAUCAAGGGGGGCAAAGAGAACAAGAUGCCCAUCCUCAUCAGCAAGAUCUUCAAGGGGCUGGCGGCGGACCAGACCCAAGCCCUGUACGUGGGCGACGCCAUCCUAUCGGUGAACGGAGCCGACCUGCGGGAUGCUACCCACGACGAGGCGGUGCAGGCUCUGAAGCGCGCAGGCAAGGAGGUGCUGCUGGAAGUCAAGUACAUGCGGGAAGCUACGCCCUAUGUGAAGAAAGGAUCGCCUGUGUCAGAGAUCGGGUGGGAAACGCCACCACCUGAGUCCCCUCGGUUAGGAGGCAGCUCCUCGGACCAUCUGUCAUCACAGUCUUUCUCCUUCCAUAGAGACCGGAAAAGCAUCCCCCUCAAAAUGUGCUACGUCACUCGGAGUAUGGCUUUGGCUGACCCUGAGAACAGGCAGCUUGAAAUCCACUCUCCAGAUACUAAGCACACAGUGAUCCUAAGGAGCAAGGACACAGCCACUGCCCAGGCUUGGUUCAGUGCUAUCCAUUCCAAUGUUAGUGACCUGCAGAGCCGAGUGAUGGCAGAGGUCAGAGAGCAACUGGGGAAAGCAGGCAUUGCUGGGAGCCGAGAGAUCAGACAUCUUGGCUGGCUUGCAGAAAAGGUGCCAGGGGAGAGUGAGAAACAGUGGAAACCAUCCCUGGUUGUACUGACUGAAAAGGAUCUUCUAAUCUAUGAGAGCAUGCCACGGAGGAAGGAAGCCUGGUUCAGCCCGGUUCACUCCUACCCUCUUCUUGCCACCAGGUUAGUCCAUUCAGGCCCAGGGAAGGGAUCACCCCCAGUUGGUGCGGAUCUGUCUUUUGCCACGCGAACUGGUACCAGACAAGGGAUUGAAACACAUCUCUUCAGGGCAGAGAUCAGCAGGGACCUCUCUCAUUGGACAAGGAGCAUAGUACAGGGUUGCCACAACUCAGCUGAACUCAUUACUGAAAUAACCACAGCUUGCACCUACAAAAACCAGGAGUGCCGUUUGACCAUACAUUAUGAGAAUGGAUUUUCUCUUACCACUGAACCUCAAGAGGGUGCCUUUCCCAAGACAAUCAUACAGUCUCCUUAUGAAAAACUGAAAAUGUCCUCAGAUGACGGAAUCAGGAUGCUGUGCUUGGAUUUUGGUGGCAAAGAAGGAGAGAUUCAACUGGACCUUCACUCCUGCCCCAAGCCCAUCGUUUUCAUCAUCCAUUCCUUCCUGUCAGCUAAGAUUACCAGACUGGGCUUGGUGGCCUGAACCGAGCAGCCACGUACCUUUGAGAAGAGGAAGGCUGCAAGCCAUCAGAGUGUGACAUCAAAUACCAUCUGUAGUGUAGCACAGGUGGAGCGUGCCAUCGUCAGCUUCAGGUCUCAGGAAUCACGUAGAACUGUCCCAGACUCCUUCAGCUUCAGCAACUACAAGGGGUAUCCUAAGAAAACGCCACAAGAAAUAGCAGAAUAAACUUGAUUAGAUUAGAAGGCUAAUGAGAUAAGGGCGAUUGGAAAUAGCACAGAUUUUAGAUACUGACAGCUAAGGAUAUCCAUGUGCAGAUCUUAAUCAUACCAGUUUCUAGGCAACUGGCUCACCCAGGUAAGCAAGGGCUGAGCAGAUGAGAAAUGGACGUUUUCACCUUCUUCCACCCUCACCCAGUAACAAUGAUCCCUUGUUUUAUUGUGAUUUACUUCCUAAUUUGAGUUAACUUUCUUUGGUAGCAAAAGAAAGCUACUUCAGAUGGAAACUCACCCUUUAUUUAAGUACAAAGCAGUUGUUACUUUUUUUUUUCUUAAUGAAUUAUCUUUCAAUGGUGUAGAAUGGUUUCAAAGUGUUCUCAUUAGCAUAAUUAGCAUAUACUGAGCAGGAAUUAAAUAAAGCAUCAGAUACUGA